CGCCACUUCAUCUCAUCACAAAAGUUAACAAAAGACAAAAAAAGCAGAAGUAAUAAUGGCGAUGAUGAUGAUGAAGAAGAUGAUGGGUGUGAGUCUGGUGGUGAUGAUGGUGAUGAUCCUUGUGGUGGUGGAGCUGCCACACACGGCGGAGGCUGUGACUUGCAGUCCGGUGGCUCUGAGUCCUUGCAUGGGAGCGAUAUCGUCGUCGUCUCCGCCGUCGAGCGAGUGCUGCCAGAAGCUGAAGGAGCAGAAGCCGUGUCUGUGUGGAUACCUCAAGAACCCUAGCCUGAGGCAGUACGUUAACUCUCCUGGGGCCAAGAAGGUUUCUUCCUCUUGUGGGGUCCCCAUCCCUUCUUGUUGAAUAAGUCAAACUAGUUUUAUAGUAAGCCUGUGAUCACUAUCGUUUAAUUAGUACCCUGCAUAAGUGUUUAAGGAAUAAUUUCAGAAAAAUAUAUAUUCUUCUGGAGGGAAUAUAUAUAUAUAUAUAUAAUCUGUAUCCUGUGUUCAGGACUUGGUUAUAGCUUGAACAAUGAUGUUCUGGAACAUGUAGUUUGAGAGUCUUAAUAAUCAAUAAUGAGUUAUUGUAUCAA